AUGGGCGCGAGACAGUCAUUUCAAUCUGAGAUCGCAGUAAGUUUCAUUUUUUGUUGGUUUUUAGGUAACACACAAUGAGAAAUAUGGCUUUAAAUUGAAGAUUAGAGUCUUUAAAUUGUGUUUUGUUUAGUUUUUGGUAUUAUGCUUAUAAGUACUGCUGGAAAAUUGAUUUGAAAGCAUCAACAUAAGCCUGAUUAUAUUGCUCAUGGCAAAAUUUUGUUUUUGAUUAAAAUAAAAUUUAAUUUAAGUAAUAAUAAGUUGAAAUACAUAAACUACAAAUAAUCUUGAUUGUUCAGCCUAGACAGCGUUCAAGUUCGUCGAGCGAAGAGUCUGCAGAACGAAGCCGACGACUUCAGAACGUUCGGAAUGGAGAAAACUUUUCUGUAAGUGAAAGUUGAUUUUAUUCUUAACAUUUUAUAUUUGUAAAGAUGCAAAGGCUGGUAUUUUAAAACAAUUAUUUAUUAAACGAAUUCUGAAUUUACUAAACUUUACAAUUCAAAGGCUUUUUAUAUUUUGUUUUAGGUGGUUUAAGCUUGGAUUUUAUAUUGUUAAGGAAUGAUCUUCGAAAGGUAUACAAACUUUCUUUUAUGUUGCUUUAGCCGCUUGUUUUACUGAUUUUUUAAAAGAUUUUAAGUGUAUAUUUAAACAUUUUUUUUUCAGACAGACUCAGACGAUUUCGACGGUAAUGAUUUUGCUUCCUCUUCAGCUGCCGAUCCCACCAUGAGAUACUCGUUUCGACCCGGCUCCAGAGUUUCUUUCCUACAGGCCUUAACGACCGGUAUGAACAGCGCCCAUUUGGCACACUCAUCACAUUCGGAAGGACGUGAUCGACGGGCCGUGCCGGCUCUCAGGUUUUUAGGUAGGUUUUUGGAUUUUAAAUUAGUUUUUUGUAAAAUACGAAAAGUAAUUCAAGUUGACUUUUUUAAAAAUAUGUUUUUCAAUAAUUGGACAAUUCUAUUUGAGCAAAUAAGGCAAAAUGGUAUUGAUUUUUCACUGUGGUUGAAGGUUUUUAAAACUUCUUUGAUUUCCAUCAAGAUUUCGUUGAUGUAUAAGGUCAAAACUCGUCGUUACCUCGAGUUUUUGUAAGAUAAAAGCCCCAAUAAGCAAGGUUGAAGAGUAGAAAUGCCUAAAAAAUGUUUUCAUUAGUUACAUUUGGAGGUAUAAGUUUAGAAAAGUUAGGAAAAUGUGAUCUUAUUGUAGACUCAAGACCAGAAAUUGUAAAAUAA